AUGAUGAAGACUUUAACUUUAGGCAAUAUUAAUGAAUUACUUUAACUUUCAGAAGAGGAAUUUAUUAAGGCAGAAGAAAAUUCUCGAAUGGCAAAUAGAGGUGUAGUAAUUUUCUACUCAAUGUUUGCAAUAGCAAUUCAUAUUGUGUUAUGUGUUGAAGUUUUUAACUAUGAAAACACAGCUUCUAAGGUUUGUUCCAUAGUUGCAAGUGCCUUAUUUAUGGUACAACAUUGUUACAAUGGAAGAGCAGGUUGUCUUUUCAACUUGUGUUGCACUUUACCAGUCUGUAUUGCAGGGUUUGCUAUCAGUAAUGUGAAAUUAGUAAAUACUCUCGCCUUUAUUUUCCAACUAUGUAUUUGGUUAGGAGAGUAUUACUACUUGGUAAUACAACUAAAUACAGAUGCCUUAUUAAAAUAACGACCAAGAACACAAGUUGGAACUAAUGAUUAGAAUAGUGGAAAAUUAGUAAUUAAAGUAGAUGGGUUAUAAUUAUCAAACACUUAAUAAUAAGAAAUAAAGAAAGAGUUCAAUGAACUAGCAGGUUUACUUCAAAAUGGCUUACAAUAGAUCAAUCAUUAAUAAUAAUUGCAUUAAUAAGAAUUGAAUGAAAAAUAGUAAAAAUAAGAGUAAAAUCCAACCUAAUAAAAUUGA